AUGUGUGCAAUGAUGAAACAAUCCCAAAUGUGGACGUACAUGUUUGUUAUAUUUUUUACUCUGCAGAGUCAAUGCAAUGCCUGCGAGUGGCUCGGCCGGUACAAGAUGAUAAGCUCGGAGUCUCUGACCCUGCUUUCCCAAAUGGGUGCAGAACAUCCUGUAGGAAAUGUGCGAUUUCCCGGGGCCCUGUACAAAUUGAUUGGCAAGGCUAAGGUGGAAGACCAGGUGAGGUUUCUUGCCUUGACCUUUGGCCAUAUCAUCCACCUCAUGGAUGACAGAGAGCACAUGAAUUCAGUGAAAUGGAACCACAAGACCAUUGAUAAUUUUCUAAAUGUCCUGCACAGGCAGUCAUCUGAACUAAAAGAAUGUGUGUCUCAAUACCAUAAAUCAUCACACAAAGAGUCUUACGAGAUAAGAAUAAACAGGCACUUCAGGGAUUUAAUGAAAAUUCUAAAGAAAAGGAAUACAGUGCUCAGGGAUGGGAACAGAUCCGGAGAGCUGUGAGAAGUCACCUUAAUAGGAUGGACAUCAUUGCAAGCCAUUUAAAGACCCUGCUGAGAUAUUAAAAGACAGAACUGGCGACAGGAGGAAAGAACCGCUUGACUUUGUGACAAACAAAAACUUGAUGGUGUUUAUAUAAUGAUCUCACUUUUGUAUUUAAUUUCAAUGAAUGUAGCACUAAUUUGUGCAGAAUUGUAACAAAGUUUACCUUAUGUGUUCUUUAUGAAAACUUGAAAAAAUCAGAUCUGGUUAUAUUUCUCACACAUAUCUGACCAAUUAACAAACUGAAACCUAUUUAUUUUGCGUUUUGAUGAGUGUUGUUCUUUGUGCAACACUCAGAUGAAGUUAUUAUCUUGUUCACUUCUUUUUGAAGAAAAAGCGCUGCACUUUGGAUAAAGUAUUCAUUCAGUUUCAUCCAGUCAGCAAUUCAGCAAAAUAUAUGAUUAUCAGGUAUUUUAGAUAUUUUAUUUAGGUCCACAUAUUUAUUAUUUUUUAUUGAUCUGUGUUAU